GUGCUAAUUUAUACCGUUAAAUAUUAAACGCAAUCAACUUCAUAAUUAAGUUAACAAUUAAAAACUAAUAAUAAUUGUUAACUUUUAACGGCAAUUAACUUUUAAGUGUCACAAUUAAUUGCUUGGAUAUGUUUGCGCUAAUCACACUUUUGGUGCCACUAAUUUCCUUGGUGAAUUCACAAAACGACACAGAAUCGCGUUUAGCAUCAGCUCUCGGCAAUAAUGACGCUUCUAAUGGCGUUGGCAGCAAGUGCGGCGAUACUCAACGCAUGGUGGAUGAGUGUUUUAAGGACUUACCGCCACAUUUGAUGGAAUUCCUGCAAAGCACAAAAAUUGCCAUCAACGAACGCGAUAUUUCAUCCAAGUGCACAGUUUUCAAUCGGGGCAUGAGAUGUUUCGAUGACUAUACGUCACGUUGUCUGACCAAUAAAACCCUCAAUCUGUUUAAAAAUAAUGUGGAAGGAGCACGUAGAUUUUUCCAACGCUUUUGCAGUGAUCGUGAAUUCCAAAAAGCGCUCGCCACGCCUAUGAAAACUGUAUUUACAACAGCGCUCGCUACAAAUGCUACAAGAACUCAGCUAAGUUUGCACGUGACACAGCCAAAACACUGUCGGAUGAGAAGCACUUCUCCAACUGUCGCCAAUACGAGAACGCGCUCUGCAGUGUCGGUCAUCCGAGAUCGCUGUACGGUGGUGGCACCAGCGCCAUAUUCGGCUGGACACAGCUGUUGCUGGUCUGGCUGCCUGCUGGGCUGUUGGCAGGUGCGACCAGAGGUCGUCGCUAUGCGUAAAUACAUAUAUAUAUCAAUUACAGGCAGAUGUUUCGCCUUCCUUAUGUGCGUACAUAAAUAUGUAUGUGUGUAUGUGAGUGGGAAUUUGCAGUGGAAAUUUAUAUGUACAUAUGUAUUGUAUGUACAAAUUUUGUGCGAAGCAACAACAGUAGUUUUUCCAAGCGAAUAUAUUCGUACCUAGGCAUGUGCCCUUGAACAUGGAAUUCGUUUCAAGAAGAGGCUAUGUUGCUUAUAACAAACGAUGGACUGAGUUAGGUAGUCGAUGUAUAUAUGUAUGUAUAUGUAUGUAGAUUUACGUAAGAGCACAGACUCGAUCGGAUUGUAACAAAAAUUGAAUUGUAAAAUCUGUCCGUGCAGUUCCUAGAAGUAAAUAAGAAAUAAAUAUGUCUGUGUGUAUAUGUGUAUCAUUAAUUGUCAAUUUGUUUCGCGUACAAAGAGAAGCUGUCCGAUAUGCUUAUCCGGUAUGUACAUAAGUAUGUAUGCGUGAGUGCAAAAGCUGUCAAGUUGCGGAAAGUUGUGCGCGAAUGAACCUUUUGUUCAGCGCCUGGUCAUCAUUAAUGUUUUGUAUUUUAAAAGCAACGAUAUCUCUACACACAAAUCUCCAGCAGAUAAAAACAAAAAUGUAGAAAUUGUAACAAAGUUUUAUCUAAGUAACUAAAGCAACUAAAAU